GCGCUGAAGCCUGCGCCCAGGCCCGCCGGGGGACUUUGGAAGGACCCGCUCUGCGCUCGCUCGCUCGCCAGGGAGGCUCUGCUUGGUGACAGGGGCGCGGCGCCCACCAUGCGGAGCUGCCCGCGGCUCGCGCUGCUUUGCGCGCUGCUACCCUGGCUCCUGCGGGCGGCGGCACCCCGGCGACCCGCGCAACCCCUCCCACCCCGCGACCCCCGCGACCCCGCCAGGGGCGCCGAUUUUGAUCGCAUCUACAGCGGGAUGGUGAGCCUCAGCACCGAGAACAUCUACUCCUUCAACUACACCAGCCAGCCUGGCCAGGUGAACGCUGUGCGGGUCUAUGUGAAUAGUUCCUCAGAGAACCUCGACUACCCAGUUCUCGUCGUGGUUCGCCAGCAGAAAGGGGUGCUAUCCUGGCAGGUCCCUCUGCUCUUCCAAGGACUAUACCAGAGGACCUACAACUACCAGGAAGUCAGCCGUACUUUGUGUCCCUCAGAAGCAACCAAUGAAACGGGACCUCUGGAACAACUGGUAUUUGUAGAUGUCGCCUCCAUGGCUCCACUGGGCGCCCAGUACAAACUGCUGGUCACCAAGAUCAAGCAUUUCCAGCUACAGACAAAUGUUGCCUUUCACUUCACUGCCAGCCCCUCUCAACCUCAGUAUUUUCUAUACAAAUUUCCUGAUGAUGUGGACUCGGUUAUCAUUAAAGUCCAGUCUGAAAUGGCUUAUCCGUGUUCUGUUGUCUCAGUCCAGAAUAUCAUGUGCCCAGUGUAUGAUCUCGACCACAAUGUGGAAUUUAAUGGUGUCUAUCAGUCCAUGACCAAGAAAGCUGCGAUCACCCUGCAGAAGGAUUUUCCAGGCGAGCAGUUCUUCGUGGUAUUUGUGAUAAAGCCUGAAGAUUACGCCUGUGGAGGAUCUUUCUUUAUCCAGGAAAAGGAGAACCAAACCUGGAAUCUACAACGAACAAAGAACCUUAAAGUGACCAUUGUUCCUUCCAUUAAAGGAUCUGUUUAUGUGAAAUCCAUCCUUCUCAGUUCCCUCAUCUUCUUCUCCUUCUACUUGGGAUGCCUGCUUAUUGCAUUUGUUCAUUAUAUCAGGUUUCAAAGAAAAUCCAUCGAUGGAAGCUUUGGUUCCAGUGAUGGCUCUGAAAACAUGGUGGCGUCCCAUCCCAUUGCUGCCGGCACCCCUGAAGGAAGCAAUUAUGGGGCAAUAGAGGAGUCAAGCUCCAGUCCUGGCAGGCAGAUGUCCUCCUCCGAUGGUGGGCAGACGUGCCAGUCAGACACAGACAGCUCCGUGGAGGAGAGUGACUUCGACACCAUGCCAGACAUUGAGAGUGACAAGAACGUUAUCCGGACCAAGAUGUUCCUUUACCUGUCAGAUCUGUCCAGGAAGGACCGGAGAAUUGUCAGCAAAAAAUAUAAGAUUUAUUUUUGGAACAUCGUCACCAUCGCUGUGUUUUAUGCGCUGCCUGUGAUCCAGCUGGUUAUCACCUACCAGACAGUGGCGAAUGUCACUGGCAAUCAGGACAUCUGCUACUACAACUUCCUCUGUGCUCACCCCCUCGGCGUCCUGAGUGCCUUCAACAACAUUCUCAGUAACCUGGGCCACGUGCUCCUGGGCUUCCUCUUCUUGCUGAUAGUCUUGCGCCGGGACAUUCUCCAUCGCAGAGCCCUGGAAGCCAAGGACAUCUUUGCCAUGGAAUAUGGGAUUCCUAAACACUUUGGUGUUUUCUAUGCAAUGGGUAUUGCAUUGAUGAUGGAAGGAGUGCUCAGUGCUUGUUACCACGUCUGCCCUAAUUACUCCAACUUCCAAUUCGAUACCUCCUUCAUGUACAUGAUCGCCGGCCUCUGCAUGCUGAAGCUCUACCAGACCCGCCACCCAGACAUCAAUGCCAGCGCCUACGCUGCCUACGCCUCCUUCGCGGCGGUCAUCACGCUCACCGUCCUCGGAGUGGUGUUUGGAAAAAAUGACCUGUGGUUCUGGGUCAUCUUCUCUGCAAUCCAUAUCCUGGUGUCCCUGGCCCUCAGCACCCAGAUCUACUACAUGGGUCGUUUCAAGAUUGACGGGUCUGAUACAGACUUGGGGAUUUUCCGACGGGCUGCGAUGGUGUUCUACACGGACUUUGUCCACCAGUGUAGCCGGCCGCUGUACAUGGACAGAAUGGUGUUGCUCAUCGUGGGGAAUCUGGUGAACUGGUCCUUCGCGCUCUUUGGACUGGUCUAUCGGCCCAGGGACUUCGCUUCCUACAUGCUGGGGAUCUUCAUCUGUAACCUGCUGCUCUACCUGGCCUUUUACAUCAUCAUGAAGCUUCGAAGCUCCGAGAAGCUCCUUCCAAUCCCGCUCUUCUGCAUCGUGGCCACAGCUUUGAUGUGGGCUGCCUCGCUGUACUUUUUCUUCCAGAAUCUCAGCAGCUGGGAGGGCACCCCAGCCGAAUCCCGGGAGAAGAACCAGGAGUGUAUCCUGCUGGAUUUCUUUGAUGACCAUGACGUCUGGCACUUCCUCUCUGCCACUGCUCUGUUCUUCUCAUUCUUGGUUUUGUUAACCUUGGAUGAUGACCUAGAUGUGGUCCGGAGAGACCAGAUCCCUGUCUUCUGAGCCUCCAGCUUUAAGAGAGGGAGAGGGAGAGGGAGCAGCCGAUCUUGGUGCUGUUUCAUGAAAAUACAGGGACUGCAGCAAGUCACCACUGCCAAAUGCUCCACUCCCCCUCUGUCAAGUCAGUUCUGUGCGCAUUCCCCCAGGAAGGUGAGGGGCUGGAGGGAGACUCAAGCCUGCGAGCAGGGCAGCAGAAGAGGAGCCAUGGGUAUGGCCAGAGGCAAGCCCUGAAGAGUCAAGGGACUCCCAUCCCCUGUCGUGUGCAGCCCUGACAGGAACAAAAGCUGCAUCCAAGUCAACUCGCUGUCUUGGGACCCCUCCCACCCC